AUGACUCAACACAUUGGUUCUGCUCCAUCAUCUUCAACACUUUGCUCAACAAUGUGUCGUCGUGCGGCAUCAUUUCCAGUUGUUAACGGACGCCCACCAACAUCUACCUCUCUGAGAGUUCGAUCACAAAGUGAAUCGGAUGCUUUGAAUCGUUUAGGUCUCAUUACUUCAAGAACUGGACUAAUAGAACAAUUUAAAAAACAUCAAUUUUCACCUAUUACUCGUGAAAAUUUGGUGGAAAUCACUGUGGAAAACGAUCAUAUCGAGAAAGAGAUAGCUAAUGACGUGGAUCAAUUAUGCAUAUUUAUUGAAGAGGGAACUUGUGAUGAAGCAAAUGUUGCAAGAAGUUCUUGUAAGAGUGUGCGUUUUGCUGAUGAUUGUGGCAAAGAAUUAACAACUGUACGUAUAAUGACUGAACCUUCCGAUUAUCCACCAACGAUAAGUGCAUCAGUAAUUCGCCGAUUAAUGGGAAAAGCAGAUGAAGAGAAUCAUACGUCGGCUUUAUGGGUAGCAUCGUUCAAGCAACCAGCUAGUGAAUAUAUCAAAUUCCGUGAAACUUUGGAGAAAGGAUGUGUUGCACUUGAAAAUGUUGUCUUGAAAAAUGAAGUUUGUCGUAUGGUUGGCACUAUCAAGGUAAAAAAUAUAACAUUUGAAAAGAAAGUAUUUAUACGACUAACAUCAGAUGGUUGGAAAAGUUUCCUAGAUUAUGCUGCCAGAUAUCAGCCAUCUUCAUCCAAAUUUUAUGACACCUUUAGCUUUGACGUCAAACUACCAACUAAUGGAACCGAUCCAAAUGCACGCAUUGAGUUUUGCAUAUGCUUUGAAGCUGGUUGCUCUUUAGAUAAUUCGAAAUCAUGCUUGUUUUGGGAUUCAAAUGGUGGACAAAACUAUGCACUGACAAGUCAAGAAGCCCAUGCCAAAUUUAAAGACACGCACAUGUCUGAUAAACAAAAUGAUAAUGAUGCAUACAGAUAUGAACUUGAUGACUGGACAAAAUUUGCAUCGUGGAAAAAUUUGUCAACUGAAGGUCCGUACUGGUAG